AUGCCGUCCGAAAAAGAGGAAGAUCCGAUGAAGAAUGUAACGUUCGCUGAAGGCAAAAAGUUCGGCGAUUGGAAGAUCGGACAAGUUUUAGACGAAGGAGGAUUCGGAAAAGUAUACAUUGCAACGAAUAUUCAUGAUCCAAAUAAAGUUGCGGCUCUGAAGGCGGAAUCAAAUGAGAUCGAAGGGGGAUCAGCAAUCAAAUUGGAAGCCAUGAUUCUGAAUAGACUGAACGAAGGUGGACCAGCUCCACAUAUUCCAAUUGUGUAUCAAUGUGCAAAACGUAAACUCUACUGUUAUAUGGUGAUGACUCUUCUGGGGAAGAAUCUUCGAAAGCUGAAGUCCACCAAUAUGGUAGUCAACAAUGGAUUCUCUCGUGGAACAUGGAGUCGAAUUGGAAUCCAAUGUCUCUAUGCACUCAAAUUCGUUCAUGACAAUGGAUUCAUCCAUCGUGACAUCAAACCCCAAAACUUCUUAUUGGGUCAUGAGAAGGAUUUGGAAAGAGCACGAAUCGUGCAUAUUCUGGAUUUUGGAUUAGCCAGACCAUUUGCCACCUUUUUUGUUCGAGAGAAAAAAUGGAUUCCCAGAAAGGCUCGUGGAACUGCAGAAUUCCGUGGAACUCUUCGUUACACAUCUCCAAAUGUUCAUCUUCGAAAAGAGCAAGGACGCGGUGAUGAUGUUUGGUCUUUGCUGUACGUUCUCAUCGAGUUGAAUGGAGGAAAAGCUCUUCCAUGGCAAACGGAUUCUCAACGUGAACGUGUGGAGCAAAUGAAACUGAAUCUGCCGUCAAGAGUGGUUAUGUCAAACAUGCCACAGUGUAUGGACAAAGUGAUGCCUCAUCUGGAGACACUUGACUACUAUCAAAGACCUGAUUACUAUUUGGUAUUCAAAGCUUUGUGGCAAGUUAUGGAGAACGAGAAGGUCACACCAAGUUCGAAGUAUGACUGGGAAACUGAAACGCCUGAUAAGUCCAUUCCACCUGCUGCUUGGGAGAAUCCAGCUGGAACAUUCUUCCAAUCUGAUCCAUUGGGAAUCAAUGGUCCUCCAACACCAGCUGAAGCAGCCCUCACGACGGAGAAGAGUGGGAAGAAGCAGAAGAAGAAGUGA